AUGGAGGAUAUUUAAUUGAUUAUAAGGAGAAUUAAAAGAUCAGGUGAACCUCGCUUAAAUUUAUCUGGUAAAUAAAUGAUUAGCAUUCCACCUGAAAUUUACUAAUUGAAACUUGUUCACUUAGAUCUUAGUUAUAAUAAGAUUACAUCUAUAGAACCAAGAAUACUUUAAUUGACAACUUUAGAGGAAUUAGAUUUAAGUAAAAAUUGUAUUGAAGAAAUACCUGAAGAAUUAUUAAGCAUGUCUAACUUAUAGAGCUUAAAUUUAACUGAUAAUCCUCUAAUCACUAAAUUUUAAAUAUUAAAUGGGCAUUUUCAUUAACCAUAAUUAAAUUAGAUUUUGCAAAAGCUAUUUCAAAUUAGUCCAGGAUCUUAUCAAUAACAACCUAAAUAAGAACAAAAGAUUAUUCCAGAAAGACCAUAAACAUAAAGCAGAGCUAUUCGAUAAAUAUAAGAAUUGUAACAUACAAACCAUGUAUUAGAAGUAGAGUCAAAUGAAUUUGAAGUUCAUGAAAUUAUAUCCUAAGGUGGUUUUUCUAUUGUUCAUAGAGGAUAUUUUAGGGGUACUGAAGUAAAAUAAUAAAUGUAAAUUAGAUUGCAAUAAAAAAGAUUUUUAAUCCAAAUAUUACUUAACAAUUAUUAGAUGAAAUCAAUAAUGAAAUUGAAAUGUUAUCUUUAUUAAGACAUCCAAAUAUAGUUCUAUUAAUGGCUUGUUGUACAAAGCCACCUAAUUUAGUUAUAGCAACUGAAUUUAUUUAAGGAGGAAGUUUGUAUCAUCUAUUGCAUAAGACCAAGUAAGGCAAAACUGAUCAAUUAGUCAUUAAAUUUCAGAUCAAUUGA